GUAGGAGUAUAUAAUUUCUUCUUUACUUGCUAUUUUCUGUCGUCGUUAAGUCAGAGCUUGUCUGCCCUGUCCUCCAAGUCUAGCUACCCAGCCAGCAUAAUUAAGCUUCAACACCUCGAUGGCUCGAUCGGCCAGCUAUGUAUAUAAGCAGUUGUAGACAUACGCCGAGUUGUAAUAGCCAUUCUGCCCGGCCAGCUUAGCUUAGAGAUUGCUUAAACAGAAAUGGGUCCAGCAGCUAAUCCUAAUCCUGUUGAGUACUAUGAGCACAGCUAUUCUUUUUCCUUGUCCUCCUCCGACUCCGAUCAACAUCCUCAUGCUAGCAUAGACCACGACGAGCAGGACCAGCAGCUCAUCAUGGAAGCCGCCUCCACUUGUAGCAGCAGCAGAAGAAGCUCCGCGCCGGCGUCGCUGAUCGGGGUGCGGAAGCGGCCGUGGGGCAAGUACGCGGCGGAGAUCCGGGACUCGACCCGGAACGGCGCGCGCGUAUGGCUCGGCACCUUCGACACCCCUCAAGCCGCAGCGCUGGCCUACGACCAGGCCGCCUUCGCCGUGCGCGGCGCGGCCGCCGUGCUCAACUUCCCCGUCGCCCGCGUCCAGGACUCGCUGCGCGCGCUCGGCAUCGGCAUCGGCAUCGGCAACGGGGAAGGGGAUUCGCCUGCUCUGGCGCUCAAGAGGCGGCACUGCAUCCGGAAGCGGAGCCCCAAGCAGAGGACUGCCGGCGCCGCCUGCGGCAGGGAUCGGACGGCGCCGGUGGUGAAGAGGAGAAGGAAGCAGCAGCCAGCGGCAGCGGCAGCGGCAGCGGCGUGCGUGCUGGAGCUGGAGGACCUUGGAACAGAGUACCUCGAGGAGCUGCUCACCUUGUCCGAUCUGUGAGCCACCGAAGGCCAUGGCCCAUGGCAAGUGUC